CGACAUUUAUCGUAAGUUGACAGGACACAGUCCUAGAGUAGGCUUUAGGACUAAGGAGCAAAUAGAAAAGAUGAACAACAUAACUACUAACAAAGCACCAAAUGUUUCAACUGAUUUGAAUAAGCCCAUUAAGAGAAGUCGCUCUGUUGACAACAUCGAAGAGAAUUCUAGCGAUGAAGAUGAGCUAACUCUGUUGGAUGGAAUCAAAUCAAGUACCAAAACUGAAAAUUCAAAGCACAAAAAGAAGAAAAAAGGUGAGGCUGGGAAAAGUAAGAAGCAAAAACUAGCAGAAUUGGAGCAAGAAAGGAUAAAUCGCUUGAGAAAUGUUCACCGUAUCACUGCUGUGGGGGAGAACCCUCCCCCUCCGGUAGAGAGCUUUGAACAGUUACAUCUGGAGUACAAAGUGAGCAAUAUUAUCAUCAAGAACUUAGUUGCUUCUGGGUAUGAAACACCCACCCCCAUCCAGAUGCAGGCCAUCCCAGCAAUGAUACAGGGGCGACAGAUCCUAGCCUGUGCUCCCACAGGAUCGGGGAAGACGUUAGCGUUUCUGGUUCCCAUCCUGCAGAGUCUGGCCUCACCCAAGAACUCAGGAUUCAGAGCCCUGAUUGUCUGUCCUACCAGAGAACUGGCUCAGCAAACGUUUCGAGAAUGUGCUUGGCACGCUCAGUGGAGGGCACAGGUUUGA